AUGAACAAUGAUAGAUUUUAUAUUAUUACAUUCACACCACAUAUCAGUAUACCAACGGCGUCAGCUGCUGCAGGUACACCAUCACAGCCUCAACCUCAACCAAAUGCAGGCUCAUUGCCUCAACAAUAUAUGGUGUUUACCCCAAUGGUAAUAUCUUCAAGUUCAAUGCCAGCAGGUUCAAUUCCAUGGACCGGAGCCCUUCCUUUCCAAUCACCAACACAACCUCUACCCAAUAUACAAACAGCCACUCCUGUCCAAGCACCAACGCAAGUACUCACACAGCAACUUCCUGCUGUGCCUGCUUGGCCCCCUCCCCCAUCCCAGCCACCCACACAACCAGCUCCUUUGUCUCCAUCACCCACACAACCUUUACCAGCACCAACACAAGUUCCCCCACAGCAGCCUCCUACAGCUGUACAAGCUCCUGCAGAUGGUGGGUUACAACCUCCAACCACAUCAUCUCCUGCAGCUGGUGUGCCCUCUUCUCCAACACAACCACCUUCUGAACCUGUCACUAGGAUUUCUCCUGUUGAAGCACAGGUGACAGCAACAAGAGCUCCAGAGGCUCCCCAACCAAGUCCCACAGAUAGAGUUGCAGCUGCCUCACCACAACAGCAGGUGCAACCUCCUUCACUGGCUGAUGCACCACCUCCGCCACCCCCGCCAACUCAAGCACCAGUUGAACCACGUCCUUCAACAUCCAAGGUAUCAGCACCAAAAGCUCCACGUUUUAAAGCAACAACUCCUGCAGAGGAAAUUAAAGCUGGGGUGCAACUUCGCAAAACUGGGCUGAGGGAAUCAGAGGAUCAGAGAGAGGUAUCAGCACCAAAAGCUCCACGUUUUAAAGCAACAACUCCUGCGGAGGAAAUUAAAGCUGGGGUGAAACUUCGCAAAACCGGGCUGUGGGGAUCAGAUGAUGUGAGAGAGACACAAGCACCAAGAGCUCCACGUAUCGAAGCAACAAAUCCAGUGGAGCAAAUUAAAUCCGGCCAGUUCAAACUUAGAAAAACUGGUCGGCAAUUGUCAUCAGCAGGAGAAGCACAAUCAUCUACAUUAGUUGAUGCACCACCUGUUGCACCGCCACAACUGCCAGCACCACAAGAACAAGUGCAAACCUCUUCAUCAGCUGAUGCACCACCUAUUGCACCCCCGCUACCACCAGGUGGUGGGCAACCAACUGAAGCUCAAGCUCCAGCAACACAGAUUACUCCCCCAUCACCACCCAAGGCAUCAGGGGGAUUCGAAGAACUUAUCAGCAGAGCUGCACUUCGCAGAACUAGCAAGUCUCAACAGACGGAUCAGAGAGCACCACAACAACAGGAGGCACGGCCUCCAACCCCUCUGUCUCCUGGAUCCAGUGCAGCAUCUGCUACACCCCCACCACCUCCACUUCCUGGAUCAAGUGCAGGACCUGCUCCACCCCCACCACCUCCGCUUCCUGGAUCAAGUUGCAGCACCUACUGCACCCCCACCACCUCCUCCACUUUCUGGAUCAAGUGGAGCACCUGCUUCACCUCCACCACCUCCGCUUCCUGGAUCAAGUGGAGCACCUGCUCCACCCCCACCACCUCCUCCACCCCCACCACCUCCUCCUCCUCCUCAGCACCUGAAGAGAUGACAGCAACAGUAGCUGAAAAUCAGAAACAAAAUGGUAGUACACCACAAAGUGAUGAGAGUACUGGAAUUUCUCCACCUGAAGAGGUCAGUACGCAUAAAACAGAGAGGAUAGAACAGAAAGAAGAUAAGGAACAGCCACCUCAUUCACCGACCCCUAUAACUUCUCCUGCCGUACCACCUGCACAAUCAGGCCCUUCAUCUCUGUCAACUGUACGACCUUCUCAUCCAGCUAGUCUUAUGCCACAUUUGCUAUUACAAAAACUCAUGCAGCAAAUUCCUGUGACAUCUGGUAAACAAUCUUCACCAUCCCCACCACAGGUCCCCCCUGUACCACAUGCACAGCCAGGACCUUUAUCUCCAUCAACUGUACAACCUUCUCGACCAGCUACUGCUCUACUGGAACUACCAUCACAAAUAGUUCCACAGCACACUCCUUUGCCGUCUGGUAGACCACCACCUCCAACCUCACCACAACCGCUCCCUGUAUCACCUGCACAACCAGGCCCUUUAUCUCCAUCAACUGUACAACCUUCUCAUCCAGUUAGUCCUGUGCCAGAAUUGCCAUCACAAAUACUCCCAUACCAAACUCCUUUGCUAUAUGGUAGACGAUCUCCUCCACCCCCACCACAGUCCCCCCCUGAAUCACCUACACAAUCAGGCCCUUCAUCUCUGUCAACUGUACGACCUUCUCAUCCAGCUGGUCUUGUGCCACAUUUGCUAUUACAAAAACUUCUGCAGCAAAUUCCUGUGCCAUCUGGUAAACAAUCUUCACCACCCCCACCACAGGUCCCCUCUGUAUCACAUGCACAGCCAGGACCUUUAUCUCCAUCAACUGUACAACCUUCUCAACCAGCUACUGCUCUACCGGAGCUACCAUCACAAAUAGUUCCACAGCACACUCCUUUGCCAUCUGGUAGACCACCACCUCCAACCUCACCACAACCGAUCCCUGUAUCACCUGCACAACCAGGCCCUUUAUUUCCAUCAACUGUACAACCUUCUCAUCCAGUUAGUCCUGUGCCAGAAUUGUCAUCACAAAUACUCCCAUACCAAACUCCUUUGCUAUCUGGUAGACGACCUCCUCCACCCCCACCACAGUCCCCCCCUGAAUCACCUACACAAUCAGGCCCUUCAUCUCUGUCAACUGUACGACCUACUCAGCCAGCUAGUCUUGUGCCACAUUUGCUAUUACAAAAACUCCUGCAGCAAAUUCCUGUGACAUCUGGUAAACAAUCUUCACCACCCCCACCACAGGUCCCCUCUGUAUCACAUGCACAGCCAGGACCUUUAUCUUCAUCAACUGUACAACCUUCUCAACCAGUUACUGCUGUACAAGAACUGCGAUCACAGAUAGUUGCUCAGCAAACUCCUUUGCCAUCUGGCAGACCACCUCCUCCUACCCCACCACUGCACCCCCCUGUAUCACCUGCACAAUCAGGCGCUUUAUCUGCAUUAACUGUACAACCUUCUCAACCAACUACUCCUGUGCCAGAAUUUCUACCACCACAAGUACUCAUAAAGCAAUCUUCUUUGGUAUCUCGUGGACCAUCUUCUCAACUCUCUCGGCCCUCUGCACGUGGCAUUAAGAAGACCUCUAAUAAACAAAAGAUUUUUCCCAUGCGGCCAUCCCAGAUGUCAUCACAAAAAACAACAGAUACUUCUUUGCUGGCAGCUAUUAAUGAAUUAAUGCUACGCAAAGCCACUAAGCAUCGUACAGCAACGAUCCGUUCCCGGAGAACUGCAUUACAACUUUCAGAAUCUGAGUCGGGGUCAGAGAGUGAUUAUGGCAAUGAGAGUUGACCUGAUCCAUAGAAGAGUACGUGACAUCAAAGGAUUAAUACUACGCAGUCAUACCGCCAGGGCGAUCCAUCAUAGAUGCCACCUCCUCCUACUCCUCCCACAGUCACCAACUAUGGAGACAGUGCCCAGUGGUAGUGUAGAGAGUGCAAAGACUUGGCUGACUUCUUUUUCGAUCAAUGUACAAGCAAUAUUUGAUUACGUUUCUUCAAGUGCUCACACUAUUAUUUUUGUUAAUAUAAUAAAUAACAUCAGUUUAAUGUGGAACUUAA